GCCGGGCCUGGGCCGGGCCGGGCCGGGCAGGACGGCGGAGCAAGGCGAUGCUUGGGCUGGGCAGUGAUGGAGGUCCGCUGCGGGGGGCUGCUCUUCAGCUCCCGCUUCGACUCGGGUAACCUGGCGCGGGUCGAGCAGGUGGAGCCGCUCGGGGCGGGGGGCGGCCCCGUGGCCUGGGGCACCGCCCUCCCCGCCGCCGACUACGAGUUCAAUGUGUGGCUGCAACCUGACUGUGCCCAAACCGAGUACGAGAAUGGCAACAGGUCCUGGUUCUACUUCAGCGUGCGGGGGGGUGCUCCGGGGAAGGUGAUCAAGCUGCACAUCGUGAACAUGAACAAGCAGAGCCGGCUGUACUCCCAGGGCAUGUCCCCCUUCGUUCGAACCCUGCCGGUGCGGCCCCGCUGGGAGCGCAUCCGUGAGCGGCCCAGCUUCGAGAUGGUGGAGACGCAGUUUGUGCUGUCCUUCGUGCACCGCUUCCUGGAGCACCGUGGGGCCACCACCUACUUUGCCUUCUGCUACCCCUUCUCCUACACGGAGUGCCAGGAGAUGCUGGCGCAGCUGGACAGCCGUUUCCAGGAGUGCCGGCACAUGUCUCCUAGCAGCCCCCUUGACUCUGUUUAUUACCACCGGGAGCUGCUCUGCCAUUCCCUGGACAAGCUGCGAGUGGACCUGCUCACCAUCACCUCGUGCCACGGCAUGCUGGAGAAGCGGGAGCCCCGGCUGGACAAGCUCUUCCCAGAUACCGCCACUCCCCGGCCUCACCGCUUUGCAGGGAAGAGGGUGUUUUUCCUGAGCAGCAGAGUGCACCCAGGAGAAACACCCUCCAGCUUUGUCUUCAAUGGCUUCCUGGACUUCAUCCUGCGUGAGGAGGACCCCCGUGCCCAGAUGCUGAGGCGGAUGUUCGUCUUUAAGCUCAUUCCCAUGCUGAACCCUGAUGGGGUGGUACGAGGCCACUAUCGAACUGACUCCCGUGGGGUAAACCUGAACCGCCAGUAUCUCAACCCGGAUGCUGAGCUGCACCCCGCGGUGUAUGGAGCCAAAGCCAUCCUCCUGUACCACCACGUUCACAGCCGUGUCCUGCCAGGCUCUCCCGACUGGAGGACAUACAUCUCCCCCCUCAGCACCAGUUCAUUAAGCACAAAAUCCUACAACCAUUCCCUCCACAGCAGCACCCCAUCCUCACAGGGAGCCCUCUCGGAGCUGGAGAAAGCCAAUAACCGCCGCAACUCGCCCAAGGCCUGGCAGGCCAGUGUGUACCUCAGCCCCUCUCAGGAAGCCCGGCUCCCAGGAGUGCCGCCCUCCCACCCGGGCAGCAAAGACCCAGCUAUCUGGAUUCUCUCUUCGAGCCGCACCUUAGAGCACUGUGAGGAGGAAGCCCAGAGGCCUCCAACACCUCUCCCUGAAGCCAUCCCGCCCCAGGACAGUGGGCUGGCCUACUAUGUCGAUCUCCACGGACAUGCCUCCAAGCGUGGCUGCUUCAUGUAUGGCAACAGUUUCAGUGAUGAAAAUGAUCAGGUGGAGAACAUGCUCUUCCCCAAACUCAUCUCCUUGAACUCACCUUACUUUGACUUCAUGGGCUGCAACUUCUCAGAGAAGAACAUGUACGCCAAAGACAAGCGGGACGGGCAGUCGAAGGAGGGCAGCGGGCGAGUGGCCAUCUACAAAGCCCUGGGGAUCAUCCACAGCUACACACUGGAGUGCAACUACAACACGGGGCGCUUCGUGAACACCAUCCCUCUGGCCUGCCAUGACAAUGGGAGGGCCAGCCCACCGCCCCCCACUGCCUUUCCUUCCAAAUACACUGUGGAGUUGUUCGAGCAGGUUGGGAGAGCCUUGGCUGUGGCAGCGCUGGACAUGGCAGAGUGCAAUCCCUGGCCCCGGAUCAUCCUUUCGGAGCACAGCUGCCUCAGCAACCUGCGAGCCUGGAUGCUAAAGCACGUGCGCAGCAUGAAGGGUGCCAGCGGGGGCCCAUGGAGGAGAGGAGGUUCCAAGACCCCCCCCAAGAGCUCCAUCAGACUCUCCACCUCAAACUCCGAUAAUGCCCUGUCCCGCAUAAGGAGCUUCAGCAAUGGUACCAGCGGGAGUGGCAGCAGCCAGCAGGAUUCACCACAGAUCAAAGUCUCCCCCAGCUUCACCUUCAGCUGCAGCAGGCCCUUGGGUCUGGCUGCUGCGAGCCAGAGUCCUCCAAAGCACAGCACCAGAGCCUCGGCACCAGGCAGAGGGACCCUGCCAUUGGUCGCCCAGACAGCACCAAGUACAGGCACCAGCCACAGUCCACGGGAGGCCCAGCAAGGUGCAGAACCAGUGGCUGAUCAUGGCCCAGCACAGCUGCAGGCGAUCCCCAGGAAGCUGGAUGCCAGGAGAGCGCAGCAACCCGGGCACCCCCCACGCCCCAGCAGGAUCCCUGUGCGGAGGAAAGGGGCAGUGACUGGGCAGAACCCACCAGGGCUCCACACCAACAGCACCACAGCCUACCAGGCCAGGACAUUCAGCCAGGACAGGCCCCAGGCCUCACAGUCUUCACCAGGUAGGGCACAGUGUGGGGCUGCAAGGCUGCAGCACCCACUCAGUGCCCAGUGCAAGAGGGGACCAUCGCCCCUAGGCAUGAUGGGUGCCCUCAGUGUGCUGCACCAGGACCCCACAACCCCCAGGCCUGGGACAGCCCUACUGGUGGCCAACACUAGUCCCUGUCCCUGCAGGGCUCUGCUCAGAGCCCCCUGCACUCCCCGAGGGGGUGCAGAGCACCGAGGGACUCCUCCUGUGUGGGGACAAGUUCCUGCACCCCCAGGUACGGCCCUGCAGGGCUGCACUGCGGACAUGGGGACCCCUGCCCAGCUUUGUCCUGCACUAGCGGGGCCGGGGCAGGGGCCACGGUCCUGGGGAGGGGGCACCAUUCUCACUGCCCCAGCCCCUCUGCUCCCUCACAGCAUCCAGCUGCGGGCCCUCCCUCGCUCAGCUCCUACCGGCAGCUCCUCUCAUUCUGCACUGAAGCCUGACCGUGCUCUGGCACCCCGGACCCCCAGCGUGGGGCAGGGCUGGGCUCCCCCUGCCACGGGCCUUGGCCGGACUAAAGCUGCAGCUCUGCCCAGGAGCCCUGUCUGCUGCCGCUGCACCAUUCACCCCACACCGUGCCUACGCCUGCAGCGGCCACCCCUGCUGGCCCACAGUAGCUCCCAGUAAUAGCAGGCUCCCACUGGGGACAGCCCCACUCCUCCCCGCGGGACCGGCGGAGGGGCCUGGUACAGGAGGGAGGGGUCAGGGAUUUUUACACCACACGGUUUCGCAUUGUAUUACUGUGUUUCCGUUAAAGUUUGUUUGGAAGAA